UAGCUUCACACUCACACUCUCAUCAAACUCAAUUAAUCAUGGCAGAGACCACCGUCGCUGAAAUCGCCGAUACCAACCCCGCGGCCGAGGACAUGGACCUUGAAACCGCCCCUGCCCAAAAUAUCGACGAGGCCCAGAACGGCGAUGCCACAGCUAAGCGGGCCCGGGAGGAAGAAGAGGCGGAGGAGAGCGGCGGCGACGGCGCGGCGAAGAAGGCGAAGGUGGAGGAGAAGUCAGCUGAGGAGCAAAGGUUGGAGAAGUUAGGGGAAGGAGAGAACGGGGCGGGUCGGGUCAGCUUGGGUCCGAAGAGUUUCGGUUCGGCGGUUGAGAUGUUCGACUAUUUCUAUAAGCUCCUGCAUUAUUGGCCCACUGAUCUUAAUAUCAAUAAGUAUGAAUAUCUGGUUUUGCUGGACUUGCUCAAGAAGGGUCACUCUGAGCCUGAUAAAAAGAUUGGUGGAGGGAUCCAGGCUUUCCAAGUCCGGUUCCAUCCAUUGUAUAGAAGUAGGUGCUACUUCCUUGUUAGGGAAGAUGGAGCCAGUGAUGAUUUUAGUUUCAGAAAGUGUGUGGAUCAUAUACUUCCCUUGCCAGAGAACAUGAAAGCACACGGUGAUGCGAACAAAGCCUUAGGCGGCGGCAAGGGUGGUGGGGGUAGAGGAAGUUGGCGUGGCCGUGGAAGGGGCAGGGGAAGAAACUGAAUCAUAGUAUCAUGUUCCCCUGCCUGGAGUUCGAGUUUCCCAAAGGCUUGAAGAAGAAAAGUUUUGGACCAGCUUAUUUCCCUUCUACCAUAUCAAAAGCAUAAACGGUUGUAUUAUCCAUAUUUUGAUUAUUUAUGGAUUUUGCUGUUGCUUGGUGAUCAUUUUUCGCUCUGCUUAGUUCAAGCUCAAAAAACCCACAUAGUUUAAAAAGGAAAGUGAUGGAUCAAAAUUAAGAGU